AUGCAUACAAGCGUUCUCCUGAGGCAAUUUCUCCUGCCGUCCUCGGCAAUCAAGCUCGGGCGCUUCGUGGUCAACGUCGACGAGCCUCUGUACGACUACCACGACCCCUCCGGCAUCGUAAGCCCCGCCACUCUCACUGCGGUCCAUGCCUGCUACGAAGGUGAUGAAAAUACAGCCGUGGAUCGCAGCUUCGGGAGUGAGCUGACCUCGUUCCUCUCAUCCACCCUCUCAAGUCGGACGCGGAGCGUGGUGCGCAUCAAAAGCCAGCAGGUCAAGGCCUACUACCUCGACAACAGCGCGCAAUGGUUCCGUCAAGUGGUGCAGUCCGCGGACGUUGCCGAGUGGAUCGAGCAGAAGAUCGACGAGGGCGAAGAUAUUUACAUUGUGGUUGGGUAUCACACCGUGGAGGAUGCAGAAAUCAUACAGGAGGGAGGAGACGCAAGUGGCAUUAGGGGCAAGCUGAUAGUUCCCAUCUCCACUGCCUUGGCUGCGACGGGUGUCGUGAUCCCUCUCGGAGAGGUCUUAAACCCCGGGGUGUCGAGCAACCACGAGCGGACGGAGAUGCAGCGGCACCGGUAUCUGGCGCAAGGCGAGCAGAUCAUCGCGGUCCAGUAUCGGAAGAUCCGGUGGCGCUUUUUCUCGGGCCGGAGUUUUGAUCAGGCUUCCCUGGCGCAAAAGGCGUGUUGGAAGAGGUAUGAUAAGCUCCGGGGUGCCGGAGACGAUAUGGCCGAGAUUGAGAUGGAGGACGAGCUUGCGCUGGAAGAGGAGCGCGAGAGCUGCGCUAGGGGUGAGGAUAAGAUUCUCUCAAGUGCUAUAGUAAUGACAGAUUGA